CAGCCCGGCUGCCCUUGACCCGGGAUCGCUCUUUGGGCCACCGCGCCAUCCCUGUGGCACUCAGCCCGGGAGCAUGCAACCGGUUUCUCGCCCGUAGUGCAUUUGAGGGGAAAUUAAGGCUCUGGGAACAGAGAUGCAGAUGGGGCCGUGGUGGCCAGCUGCAGACACCACCUGUCUGUGCAAGGCCCAGAGGACACCUGGGGGGCAUUCGAGGCAGCUGGGCCAUAACCCCUGAAGCUUCAGCAACCUCUGCUGAGUCCCCAAAAGGAAAACAGCCGUGAAGAUUCCAGUUUACCCGUGCUGGAGUUUAUUUGACGGCACUGUGGCUUGCCAGGAUUUUCUGCAGUCUUCGCCAUGGAGCAGCUGAGCACAGCGAACACCGCUUUCGCCUUGGACAUCUUCCGCCUCCUGUGCAAUGACAACCACACGGGGAACAUCUUCAUCUCUCCCUACAGCAUCUCGUCAGCCAUGGGCAUGCUCUUUCUGGGGACCCGAGGUGAAACCGCAGCACAGCUCUCCAAGGCUCUUCACUUUGAUACGGUUAAGGAUGUUCAUUCAAGUUUUCAGAGCCUGAAUGCAAAACUAAAUAAACCCAGAGCCUCCUAUGUUCUGAAACUUGCCAACAGAUUAUAUGGAGAGAAAACCUAUGAUUUCCUCGCGGAGUUCUUGGCAUCAACUAAGAAAAUGUAUGGUGCUGAAAUGGUCAGUGUGGAUUUUAAGAAUGACACUGAAAGCACGAGAAAAACAAUAAACAAAUGGGUCAAAGAAAAGACAGAAGGGAAAAUUCCAGAACUUUUGGCUCCGGGUGUGAUUGAUGACAUGAGUAAAAUGGUGCUGGUGAACGCCAUCUACUUCAAGGGGAUGUGGCGGGAGAAAUUCACGAAAGAUGACACAACCGAUAUGCUAUUCAAAUUGAGUAAGAAAGACACAAAAACAGUGAAGAUGAUGUCUCGGAAGGCAAACGUUCCAUACGGCCACGUCGAGGACCUUGGGCUCCAGCUGGUGGAGCUGCCCUAUGCAGAUGAGGAGAUCAGCAUGGUUAUUCUGCUGCCCGAUGAGAUCAGUGACGACGGCACAGGUCUGGAGGAGAUUGAGAGACAACUGAGUGUGGAAAAACUGCGUGAGUGGACCCAGAGUCUGGAGACCACGGAGGUCAACAUCAAAUUGCCCAGGUUCAAAGUAGAGGAUAGCUACGAUCUGAACAACAACCUCACCCGCCUUGGGGUGCGGGAUCUCUUUAGUCGCAGCAAGGCAGAUCUGUCUGGUAUGUCAGGAGCCAGAGAUCUUCACGUAUCAAAAAUUAUCCACAAGACCUUUAUAGAUGUGAAUGAAGAGGGGACGGAGGCCGCGGCCGCCACAGCAGGCUUCGUAGCCUAUGCCAUGUUGCUGGAGGAGGUGAAUUUCACUGUGGAUCACCCUUUCAUUUUCAUUAUUAAGAACAGGAUCUUAGAUCUACCCCUGUUCAUUGGCAGGAUAAUUUCCCCUUAGAACAGAGAGGCUCUGGAAAGACAAGGCCAAGCUUAGAGCUUUAUUCCCUGAGCCGGGCAUAGAGGCAGUGCUCAUUUAUCUUGAGCAGUGAAACUAACCAGAAACAAAUCUUUAAUUUCCUUUGUAAGUUCCUCUCUGUUGGCUUUUGACAGACUUGUAUUUUGGCGUAGACAUCUAUUUUUCCUUUUUCAUGCUGAAAAGGGGAAAAACACCCCACUGGUUGCUUUUGAAAUCAUCAAGCUUUUAAAAAAGAAAAACAAAAAUCAGAGGCACAGUUUCUUGACAGUAUAGUCAUCUCUGAACACGCCGUACUCUCCUGAUAGCUGUGGCAAAAGUGUGACAUUUCCCCAAAUCAAACUGUUCUGGAAUUAGAAUAAGCCAAAAAGAGGUGACAUCCAUUUGACCUAAGAAAAGUAAUGAUGCACCAUUCAAAUAAAUGGACUCGGAGUAACAGUUUCUAAGUAGUUUCCCUCGUGGCAGUAACACGGGAAUGUGCCAUUUAUUGUAUGGCUAGAAUGUCAGAAGCCACUCUGGCUCUGGAAGGGAGAAUUAAAAACAGAUAUGCAGUCAACACAGAGGAAAGCGCUCCAGUCAAGGGUGAUGAAGGCAGCUUGCUUUGCGCUGCACUGUGGUCCGUUGUCACAGGAUGAGUACUCAGUUACAGCCCUCUUGUAUUUCCAUAGUUUGGUUAAGGAGCCCCUGGGUUACAGCCCGUACCCCUGGCUGCUCCGCCUUAGCUAUGCUGUGUACUUCGUGUGAGGUCAUGGGAUCGAGGAGUGGGGGUCUGACCAUCCAAUCUGGUAAAGGACUACAGAAAGAACAACGGAGCAGGAGAAGCUGCCAAGCCAACAGGCAGUGCAGAGUUCUCGCUAUGAAUUGACUGCUUGCGAGUUUCUUGACAAAGGCCAGUUUGCAUCCUUUUGGCUGUUGUGGAGAGGAACCCCUUGUGCAGUGGUGUAGAGGGGUUGGGGGUGGAAAGUUCUGUAUUAAUAGGAAACCUUGUCAUGUGGGCUUCUUUCAAUGGAACUGAACUGCUGAAUUUCCUUGCUGGUGAGCAUCACAAUCUAAUAAAGCUUCCUUGGAUUCUGCAA